AGAGGCUGUGACACACUGCGCUGCUCUUCACACAGGACAACAACUGUUUCUCCUCACAAGAUGAUGGAUUUGAGGAUUUUACUCUUUUUCGUGACCAUGCCAUGGAUAUUUUGUGAUAUGGCUAGAACCAAUAAAAUGGUCCCUAAACACAAAGGGAUAUUGAAAACAGUAGAUGAUGAAGAAUUGAUCAUAGAGAGUAGAGUUGUCAUGGAAGUCAAGAAACCAAAGAAAAAGGUCAUUCUUAGCCCAGACUAUGAUAGUCCAGCUGAUAAAGAUGACGAAAGUCCAGGAGCAGAUGAUAAAGAUGACAUGGAACUUCCCACUUGCCUGCAGUGUGUGUGUCUAAUUGGAUCAGUAUAUUGUGAGGAGGUUUCUCCUGACAUGACAACAGUUCCACCACUGCCAAAGGAAACGGCUUACUUCUAUGCGCGCUUCAACAAAAUCACUAAAAUUACCAACAAAGACUUUGCUGAUAUUGCCACGCUGAGAAGAAUUGACCUGUCUGGCAACCUCAUCUCUGAGAUAGAAGAUGGCGCCUUUUCUAAACUCGAUCAGCUCGAGGAACUAACGCUCGCUGAGAACAAGCUGGUCAAGCUCCCAAUGCUGCCAGCUAAACUUUUGUAUCUCAAUGUCAACCACAAUCUACUUAGAACAAAGGGAGUGAAAGCAAACAUUUUCAAGAAACUUAGCAAGCUGGCGUACCUGUACCUUGGAGACAACGGGCUGGAGGCCGUCCCACCGCUGCCGGAAAGUCUUCGUGUGGUUCAUCUACAUAACAACAACAUAACGUCACUGACGGAUGACGCGUUCUGCAAAGGAAACAACACGCACUACAUCAGGUACAACAUGCAGGAGGUUCGGCUCGAUGGAAACCCGAUAACUCUGGCCCAACAUCCCAACAGCUUCAUCUGUCUGAGAUCUCUGCCGAUUGGACACUAUAAGUAAUGCUCUUAGAAGAAGAAGAAGAUAAAAUGUUCCUUAAAGGAGCAUUUCACCCAUUGCAACAUUAAUCUUUAUUGAAAAUAUGUAGUCGAAAUGUAAAAUCAUUUUUUAAUUUAGUGCCCUCUUGACUGAGAAAAGACAGAAAAAUAACCAAGGGGCGCCUUUGUGUUAAAAAACUACAGUUCCCAGAAUUCCCCAACAUUGCACAGCUCCGCAAGACACACCCACUAACCCACCCACCGGAACAGCGCAAACAGAGACGCAAACACACUCUUCCGUCUACAACGCUAACAUUAGCUGUUACCAGAGUAAGAGUUUGAAAUUCAUUUCAAACAAAAUGUCUAGUUAGUUGGCUGUGGCGAGCAGGACGAUCGAGUGCGAGGGAUGUAAGAGGAUGGCGCGCUGCGCGAGGCCGGUGGCGUGAGUGAUAAUGAAAGACACCUGUAACGGCGCGCGCCGGUGCGUCUCUCCCGAAUAGAAGGAGCGAAUGCAUAAAAUGGGGAGCGACGACGGCAGAUCGAGAGAGAAACAGGCCUGAUUUUAUGUUUUGUUUCUGUUGUGUGUAACGCUGGCUUACUUUCGUUUUGUAUUUGUUCAUUUUACUAUUAAAAUGUUUAAAUGUUCGCCGGUUCAUGCCUCUUUCUUCCCACAACAUUAAACCCCGUUCACGUUACAUUUGUAAACACAUUAACGUUAGUGAAUUACUCCGCGUUUGUAUUUUUUUCUGUAUGGUGAAUUACUGCAUGAUACCUGGAUGUUCUGAAGGCGAAACUAUC